AUGGCUCAGUCGGCGUCGGCGGGGAGAAGCGGACGGGUUAUCGGGGAUUACGCGGUGGGUCGUCAAAUCGGGUCGGGUUCGUUUUCGGUGGUUUGGGAAGGGAAGCAUCUUGUUCAUGGCACCGUAGUUGCUAUCAAGGAGAUCGCCAUGGCUCGGCUUAACAAGAAGUUGCAAGAUAGUCUCAUGUCUGAGAUUUUCAUCUUGAGGAAGAUCAAUCAUCCUAACAUCAUUCGCUUCAUCGACAUGAUCGAGGCUCCUGGGAAAAUAAAUUUGGUGUUGGAGUACUGCAAAGGGGGUGAUUUGUCUAUGUUUAUUCAACGUCAUGGAAGAAUUCCUGAUGCUACUGCUAAGCAUUUCAUGCAGCAGUUAGCGGCUGGUUUACAAGUUCUUCGUGACAAUAAUAUCAUUCACCGAGAUUUAAAGCCUCAGAAUCUUCUUCUAUCCACAGAUGAUAAUGAUGCAGUUCUGAAGAUUGCUGAUUUUGGAUUUGCAAGAUCGCUGCAGCCUAGGGGCUUGGCAGAAACUUUAUGUGGCUCGCCACUCUAUAUGGCCCCAGAGAUUAUGCAGCUUCAAAAAUACGAUGCGAAGGCAGAUCUAUGGAGUGUUGGUGCUAUUCUAUUUCAACUUGUGACAGGCAGAACCCCUUUUACAGGAAACAGCCAAAUUCAGUUGCUCCAGAACAUUAUAAGAUCAACUGAAUUGCAUUUUCCAGCUGACUGUAGAGAUUUGAGUAUUGACUGUAAAGAUCUAUGUCAGAAGUUGUUGCGCCGUAAUCCAGUGGAACGUUUGACGUUUGAAGAGUUCUUUCAUCACCCUUUUCUUUCAGACAGACAAUCAUAUGACUUGCCAAGGAGUAAAUUAGGUUCAAGAAUUGUGGAUGAUUUUCAUUCAUCCGAAAGCAGUCCCUCAAGAAACAUGGAAGAAACUUAUCAAGAAGACUCUUUGCCAUUUUUUGUAGAUGAUGAUUCAUAUUUUAAACAUACUUCCCCGGUGAGGUCAUCUUAUGGAUUUAGUGUUGAUACCAGAGGUGAGAGAAGGGAGCUAGCAUCUAGUCCUUUAAAAAACAUGGAACUUAAUUCCAGAUAUAGCAGAGUCGGUCAUAGAGCAGAAACCAAUAACUUCAAGUUUGAAAGCCAUAGAUUAUCAGAUAGAAACCAAUUCAGACCGUCAAGCUUGCCUGAUUCCAGAUCAUUUAGUACGCAAGGAAGAGUAGGGGAUUCGCCAGACUCGAUGGAUCAAGAUUUUGUUCUGAUAUCUGAACCACCAGUGGAUAUACCAUCAUCUUCAUCUGGUUCUCCGAAGCCUUUCAAUUACCCAUUUAAAUCACGUUCUCCUCCUGUAGAGUUCAUUAAAAGAAACGUAACUACUUCAACGGCUCCUAUGCCAAUAGCUGGUGCCAAUGGCAGCAAGAUUGGUCGGUUUGAAAGCUUGGAGAGCCCUAAUUCUCUCCCGGAUACAUCCCGUGGAUCAGUGGACCUUGUGGACGCUUUUGAACAGCCAUCACCUCACAGCUUGACCAGAAUUCAGUCUUUGCAAAAAUGUGCAGCAACGAUUGCAGAAUUGGUUCAUGAAAAGACUGAAUCAGGUAAACAGUUAGAAGCUCUCUCGAUCCAACUGGUGAUUCUUGCAAUUUGGAACCAAGCACUGCACAUCUGUCAUACUCAGGCAGUCUCGGGUAUAGAAGGAAGCCUGCGCCAAGACGUUAACAAAGUAAGAAGAAAUAUUAGCCACGAAGGAUCAGAGAAGUUAUUGUCUCAGAUUCAGGGAGAGUUUGUCCAGGAGGUUGAGCGUGCUGAAGAACUUGCCAAGUUUGUUGAAUCUGAUGAUAUAAAGAUGCCCGAUGCAAUGGAGAUAAUAUUCCAAGCAGCUCUAGCUCUUGGCGUAAGUGGAGGAGUAGAUGAACUGAUGGGAGAGGCAGAGAACGCAGAAAACCUCUACUCAAAAGCGGUGCGUUUGUUAGUCUUCGUUGUAGUGGAGGCUCAGACGCUUAUUCACAAUCCGCCUUUAACGCUCACAAAUUCAGUACGAUAUCGACUCAGAACAUAUAUUGAUGUCCUCAUUAGCAGAGUAAAACAUCUUCAGUCACAUAAAAGAACUUCUGGUCCUCAGAAACCUUGA